GGUAUGAUUUAUCUUCAUCACAACCUGGGCCCUCACGGCAAUCUCAAGAGCUCCAACUGCCUCGUCAACUCACGUUUCCUUCUCAAAAUCACCGAUUUCGGUCUCAGCCUCCUUCGCGGUCCGAAGGAUCAGUCCUUCAGUGUGAAUUCUUACGCUUGGUAUAGGAGUAAGUCUGCAUUUGAUUAUCUUUUUUUUUCUGGUAUUUGUAAACGCGAAGAACAUCUGCGGUCCCGGAACGGCACCCUCAAGGGCGACAUCUACAGUUUCGCCAUUGUCUGCCAGGAAAUCGUCUACCGCAAGGGUGUUUUUUACGUUCGCAACGAGAAUCUUGAGCCGAAGGUAAUUAUCCGCCCUCCCUUCUGUUAA